GAGAAAAAGGAAGCUGUCGCAUAAGUUUUUUUUGUGUAUAUAUUUCUCCAAAGUUACACAAACUUUCACUAGCCGAAGGUAUGACUGCAACACUGUGGGGACCAUCAUGCUGAGGAGAUAGAUCUGAAGGGGAGGACGGACACCAGUUUGUUAGCAGUUGUGUGCAGCUGAUGACAACAUAAAAUAUUAACACUUUUGAAGGCCUUGGGCCUCAAGUGACCACAGAGAGACUCUGGACAAAGAAAAAAAAAAAAAAAAAAAACUGAAAAAUGUCCUCUGACUUGGACUCCAGUCUUACCAGUAUUGACUGGUUGCCCCAGCUGGGAAUUAGCAGCCUGCGUUCUGGGAAAGAGAGAGGAGGAGGAGGGGAGAGGGACAAGAAGAAAGACAGAGUGAGAGAGAGAGGAGACUUCAUACCCUCAGUGCCGGACCCCUCCCCUUCUAACUGUAAAGGGAAACCCCCUCACAGCUAUGCCACUUUGAUUGCCAUGGCAAUAGCAGCUGCACCUGAGAAGAAACUGAGUUUAAAUGACAUUUACACCUGGAUCAGUGACACUUUCCCCUACUACAGCCGGGCGGGCCGCGGAUGGAAAAACUCCAUUCGACACAAUCUGUCUCUUAAUAAAUGCUUCAGGAAAGUUCCUCGACCACAGAACGAUCCUGGCAAGGGUUCCUAUUGGACAAUGGAUGGAUCUUCAGAGGCACAUCAAAUGAGGGCACUCAAACGUCCCUAUCCCGAGGAGGACGAGGAGACAGAGGAUGUUCCUCAACUACAGGAGCCAAAAGCAGAGAGAGGGCCCUCUCCUCAUCAGCCACAACCAGCUCCCCACACAGACCAACAACUCUUUAACUCAGAGCCACUUGGAGUCGUCCAGCAGCAGUCACCUCAGCCUGCCUCCCUCUCUCCUCCCCCAUGCAAACAACCAUCACCCUACAUGCCCACCUCUGUCUCUAGCCUCCCUGUUCCUCAUCCAUCCAUCUCGCCAUCAGCUGUGCUCCCGCCUGCAGCCCCUAUGCCAUCCAUCACUUUUUUCCCUCCUUCGCACAUACCUGGCUCCACUUUUUCCAUCCCCCCUGCUUCCGCUAUACCUCUGGCUGCUGCCAACAUGUCUACAGCUUCUCCAGCUGCUCCCUCUUUCUCUGAUGCUGCGCUGUCUUUUCCUGUAACUUCAGGCCCCAUGUCUGUUCCUGCUUUCUCCUGCGCACCUGACUCGACAGCAGUGCCUGUUUGCACCAUGUCGGGACCCAAUCACUCUUCCGAAGUGACCGUCCCUUCAUCAGCUGCCGGCCCUCCUGUUGUUUCAAUAAAAUCCCCUACUGAUCCUCCGCUGCGUUUCACCUUCGACGAGCUCAACUUACCCGAUCUGUAUGCGUCUUUCAAGUCUCUCUUCAGGACAGUGCGUGAGAGGGGAGGCUCACAGUCGGACAUAACUCCCCUGUCUCUCCCAAAUAAUGACACAACCCCACUUCACACUCCAACUCUCCUACCCAUGUCCCCCCAUCCUUCAUCUGCACCAGCUACACAUCCUGCCGAAACAGAGCGCAUUUCACAAUUAACAGUGCCACCUGACUGGUUCAGUAACCCAGAUUCUCUGAAGGAGAGCUUCCGAAUUGCCAGUAACUUAGACUGGGCCACCAUAGACCUCACUGGUCACCCAGACCUGCUGCAGAGCAUGCGGCAGGCAGAGCUCUGCGACUGGGCCCUGGACCCAGCCAUCUUCACCUCCCUCUGUGACUCUCUGAACCGCUUCUUCACUCAGAAAGGCAUGAUCAGCUCUGGGAAUAACUCCCCAGUAGCCCCUGGUGCUCCUCAUCCCCUACCACCCUUCAUCUCCAACCCACCUCCUACUCUCUCCAGCCUCACUCAGCCCUCACCCCUUCCGUACUCUCCAGUAGCUCCCCCUGCCAAUGGCGCACAGCCACCCCGGAGGGCUCUGCCUAUGCAGGGACCAGGUCUUCAGAGACCACAGCUAGCACAGCCUGCAAACACAGCUGCUGGGAUUCAUCCUCAGUCGAUGACGGCACGACAGCGUCCCCCUAUAAAGAAUCUGCACAGCAACAGCGAGGAGAUCCAGGACGACUUCGACUGGGAUUCUCUGAUUGUUUGACAUUCACGCUGUGUGUGAAAAUCCAAAAAUGUUUCAAGGAAAAUACUCUACUCUUUGCAGACGCUGUCUCACUGUUGUACAUGUUAAAGCUUCUCUGAGAGCAAGUCUGGGAUCAAGUUUGUCAUAUAUGACUGAAUCCUUUAAUUCAAGGUUCAAAUAGUUAUUUUUUUUCAAUAUUACUCUAAGUCAUAUGCUGUAAUACUGUUUGUUUAGCAUAUCUUAUAUAGGUAGUUGGCAGGGUGGUGUCUGUCAGUUGGAUUGUAAAAUAUAGUACUGUGCAAAA